AUCUUCUUUUUCAUUUUUGUUUCCCUCUCCAAAUCAAAAACGCCCGAUCUUUCCUCUCUUUUUCCUUAGAUUCCAUCGCAUAGGGGGAAGGAUUGUUCUUCGAUGGGGCAACAAUCGUUGAUCUACGCCUUUGUUGCUCGUGGCACGGCGGUGUUAGCCGACUACACGGAGUUCACCGGCAACUUCACCGGUAUAGCUUCUCAGUGUCUUCAGAAACUUCCUGCUUCAAACAACAAGUUCACUUACAACUGCGAUGGCCAUACCUUCAACUAUCUUGUCGAUAACGGCUUCAUCUAUUGUGUGGUUGCUACUGAAUCCGUUGGCCGACAGGUUCCUAUGGCAUUUCUCGAGAGAAUUAAAGAGGACUUUACCAAGAGAUAUGGUGGAGGAAAAGCUGCAGCUGCUCCUGCCAACAGCUUGAGCAAGGAGUUUGGGCCAAAAUUGAAAGAGCAUAUGCAGUAUUGCAUUGAGCAUCCUGAGGAGAUCAGUAAGAUUGCCAAGGUGAAAGCUCAAGUUUCAGAAGUCAAAGGAGUUAUGAUGGAAAAUAUCGAGAAGGUUCUGGACCGUGGUGAGAAAAUUGAGCUUCUGGUGGAUAAAACAGAAAAUCUCCGUUCCCAGGCACAAGAUUUCCGGCAGCAGGGAACUCAGAUGAGGAGAAAGAUGUGGUUACAGAACAUGAAGAUAAAGCUGAUUGUUCUCGGAAUCCUGAUUGCUUUGAUUCUCAUCAUCGUACUGUCCGUUUGCCAUGGCUUCAAAUGUUGAUUUAAUUGCUCAUCCACUCGACAUUCCACUGUCGUCUCAUAGCUCGGAAUUGUUGCAGUAACAAGUAAUGUAUGAUGCUCCUUCUAGCUAAAGAUUUUUUGAACUACAUUUGCUUUAUAUUAUAGCCUAUAUCAGAAGACUGUGUGCAUGUAUAAUAUAAAUUUGUAUUUUAGUAUUCUUUUGAGCAGUAUGUUGAUGUGUUGAUAUAUAUAUGUAUCUAUUGGAAAAUU